AUGCUGGCAUUGAGAAGAUCCAUCAGCACCUCAAGCAGCGGCGGGCUCAAGGGCGCUGCGGCGGCCGCCACGGCGGCCGCGCGUGCACCACAGACGUCUGCACUGCAGUUCGCGCUGUCGCUCGAGCAGCCUUCGCACGAGUGGUCCAAAGAGCAGCUGCGAGAGAUCUACCACACGCCGCUGCUGGAGCUUGUGCACUCGGCGCAGCUGCAGCACCGCCGCUGGCACGAUCCUACCAAGGUGCAGCUGUGCACUCUUAUGAACAUCAAGAGCGGUGGGUGUUCCGAGGACUGUAAGUACUGCGCGCAGUCGUCGCGGUACUCGACGGGCGUCAAGGCCGAGAAGCUCGUAUCCGUGGAUGCGGUGCUCAAGGAGGCCGAGGAGGCCAAGCAGAACGGAUCCACUCGUUUCUGCCUGGGCGCGGCCUGGCGUGACAUGAACGGGCGUAAGUCCGGGCUGCGCAAGAUCUCCGAGAUGGUCACGAAGGUCAAUGAAAUGGGCCUCGAGACGUGUGUUACGCUGGGCAUGGUCAACGAGGAUCAGGCGAAGCAGCUGAAGGACGCGGGACUCACCGCGUACAACCAUAACAUCGACACCUCGCGUGAGCACUACCCCAAGGUGAUCACGUCCAGAAGCUACGACGACCGUCUGAACACGAUCAAGAACGUCCAAAGCGCGGGCAUCAAGGCGUGCACCGGUGGUAUUCUGGGGCUGGGCGAGACAGAGGAGGACCACAUUGGCUUCGUCCACACACUUGCCAACAUGACACCACACCCGGAGUCGCUGCCAAUCAACAGGCUGGUCGCCAUCAAGGGAACCCCCAUGGAGGAGGAUCUGCAGAAAAAGGGCGCCAAAAAGCUCCAGUUCGACGAAAUCCUGAGGACCGUCGCGACCGCGCGUCUCACCAUGCCCCGUGCCAUCAUUAGGCUCGCCGCGGGCAGAUACACCAUGAAGGAGACCGAGCAGUUCCUGUGUUUCCUAGCGGGCUGCAAUGCCAUUUUCACCGGCAAGAAAAUGCUCACCACGAUGUGCAACGGCUGGGACGAAGACAAAGCCAUGCUGUCCAAGUGGGGUUUGGAGCCUAUGCAGAGCUUCGACUACGACGCCGAGAAGAGAUCCGCGUCAGCAGUCGAUUCCGCUUAA